ACCAGAUGUCCCCUACCCAAAGCCGGGCAGUUCACGAGGUCUCCAGCAAGCCUCUGAAAUGGCCUGAGAGUGUGGAGCAGUUCUGCAGCUCCCUACGGGACAAGUACCAGGCUGAGCUCGCCGGCCCGGAAGGCAUCCUGGUGGAGGUGGAGCUGGUGAAAGCACGGCUGGAGAGGAGCAGUGGCAAAAACCAGGAGAGGGAGCUGGCCACCCCGGACUGGGCAGAGAGGCAGUUGGCCCGCGGGGGUCUGGCCGAGGUGCUGGGGGCUGCCGGGGACUGCCGGCGGCCGCGGGAGACGCAGGUGAUUGCCGUGCUGGGCAAAGCAGGACAGGGGAAGAGCCGUUGGGCCCGGGAAGUGAGCCGGGCCUGGGCCUGCGGCCAGUUGCCCCAGUAUGACUUCGUCUUCUACUUCCCCUGCCACUGUUUGGACCGCGCCAAAGGGGACACUUACCGCCUGCAGGAUCUGCUCUUCUGCCUGGGCCCCCAGCCACAGCCUGUGGACGAGGAGGUCUUCAGACACAUCUUGAGGCGGCCCGACCGGGUUCUGCUCAUCCUGGACGCCUUCGAGGGGCUUGAAGCCCAAGACGGCCUCCUGCACAGCGCGUGCGGACCCGUGUCCACAGAGCCCCACUCCCUCCGCGGGCUGCUGGCCGGACUCUUCCAGCGGAAGCUGCUUCGAGGCUGCACCCUGCUGCUCACGGCCCGGCCCUGGGGCCGCCUGGCCCAGAGCCUGAGCAAGGCCGACGUCCUGUUCGAGGUGGCCGGCUUCUCAGCCGAGCAGGCCAAGACCUACGUGACGCGCUACUUGGAGCGCGCUGGGGCGACUGCGUGCCGGGAGCGAGCCCUGGCCCUCCUCCGGGGCCAGCCGUUCCUGCUCAGCCUCAGCCACAGCCCCACCGUGUGCCGGGCAGUGUGCCGGCUCUCCGAGGCCCUCCUACAGCUGGGUGACAAGGCUGAGCUGCCCUCCACGCUCACGGGACUCUACGUGGGCCUGCUGGGCCCCGCAACCCGCGACAGCCCCCCGGAGGCCCUGGCAGGACUGGCCAGGCUGGCCUGGGAGCUGGGCCGCAGACACCGGGGCACCCUGCAGGACAGCCAGUUCCCAUCGGCCGCCGUGAGGGCCUGGGCCGUGGCCAAAGGCCUGGUGCAGCCCGUCCCGGGCGCCCCGGACGUGGAGCUGGCCUUCUCCAGCUUCCUCCUGCAGUGCUUCCUGGGGGCCGUGUGGCUGGCCCUGAGCACUGAAAUCAAGGACAAGGAGCUGCCGCAGUACUUGGCGUUGACCCCGAGGAAGAAGAGGCCCUAUGACAACUGGCUGGAGGGUGUGCCGCGCUUCCUGGCUGGCCUGCUUUUCCAGCCUCACGCCGACUGCCUCGGAGCCCUGGCAGGGCCAGCUGCGGCCACCGUGGGGGCCAGGAAGCAGAAGGUGCUCAGUAGGUACCUGAAGGGCCUGCAGCCAGGGACGCUCCGGGCCGGGCGGCUGCUGGAACUGCUGCACUGUGCGCAUGAGGCCGCGGACGCCGCGAUCUGGCAGCACGUGGUGCAGGGGCUUCCAGCCCGCCUCUCCUUCCUGGGCACCCGGCUCACACCCCCCAACACCUACGUGCUGUGCAGUGCCUUGGCGGCGGCCGGCCAAGACUUCUCCCUGGACCUCCGCAGCACUGGCAUUGACCCCGCUGGGCUGGGGAGCCUCGUGGGACUCAGCUGCGUCACCCAUUUCAGGGCUUCGCUGAGUGACAUGGUGGGGCUGUGGGAGUCUCUACAGCAGCGUGGGGAGACCAAGCUGCUCCGGGCAGUGGAGGAGAAGUUCACCAUCGAGCCUUUCAAGGCCAAGUCCCCGAAGGAUGUGGAAGACCUCGGCAACCUCGUGCAGAUCCAGAGGACAAGGAAUUCCUCAGAAGACACAGCUGGAGAGCUCCCUGCUGUCCGGGAUCUAAAGAAGCUGGAGUUUGCGCUGGGCUCUGUCUUAGGCCCCCAGGCUUUUCCCAAACUGGUGAGGAUCCUCGAGGCCUUUUCCUCCCUUCAGCAUCUGGACCUGGACUCGCUGAGUGAGAACAAGAUCGGGGAUGAGGGUGUCGAGCAGUUGUCAGCCACCUUCCCUCGGCUGAGGGCCCUGGAGACUCUCAACUUGUCCCAGAACAGCAUCACCGACGUGGGCGCCUGCAAGCUCGCCGAGGCCCUGCCCUCCCUGGCUGCGUCCCUCCUCAGACUGAGCCUGUACAAUAACAGCAUCUGUGACAUGGGAGCUGAGAGCCUGGCACACGUGCUUCCAGACAUGGUGUCCCUCCGGGUGUUGGACGUCCAGUAUAACAAGUUCACGGCUGCUGGGGCCCAGCAGCUAGCUGCCAGCCUGAGAAAGUGCCCUCAUGUGGAGACACUGGCGAUGUGGAUGCCCACCAUCCCGUUUGGUGUCCAUGAACACCUGCAGCAGCUAGACUCACGGAUCAGCCUGAGAUGAGCUCUGUGAUGCCCGGGAUGAGGUAACCAAGCCCCCUCCUGAAGCUCUCUGACCUCGCCUUCUCCUGACCUCUCACAGCAUGUUCUCUGAGGACGCUGACCACGCUGGACCUUGAACUGGUUAUCUGUGGACACAGUUGUUCUUGGGCCCAUGAGCCAAGCAGCCUGGCGCCCAGCCCUGCCGGCUCAGGGUCGGCCCCCACCCAGCCGCGGGAAGGACCUGCUCUGCGGAUGGACCUGGGCCCGGCUCCAGGCCCCCUGCGGGGCCCAGGUCGAUGGCACCCCCGGCAGAUGGGCUGGGUGCCCGGUGGCCGCUGCAGUCCACCCAGGAGCACUGAGGCAGACCCUGCGGGACGCUCCUGACAGUGGUGACCAGGCCGGAGCGGAGGAGCAGGGCGGCCCCAUCCUUGCGUCCCCAGGUCCCUACUGGCCUGGGGAGAAAGCACUUCUCCACGCUGCUCUGCUAAUAGGGCACGCUUGGUGCUCUGCGGACACCAGCAGCCUGCCCUGCCUGCUCCUUUCCCAAACUGUGACAGGCAGGGAUUCAGUGGCAACUGCUUUGUGUCUGCAGGACUCACUGUUUUUGCACUAACCUGGUUGAGGCCAAAGCUUGGCCUGGUGCAGACACACUGGACUUUAGCUGGAAAGAGCUGACAGUACACUAAUGGAGGGGGGAAGGCCUCUCAGCCUUCAUUUCUUGUGUUGUGUUUCACUACAUUAUAAAGGGCUUGUUAAAUCUCACGGGCAUGUCCACCGUUUGAGUUUAUACCGUGAUUACCGUUUUGGGGCGCCCACUGUUCGGUUAUCGAACGCAUCACAAACUCCCCCCAAGAUGCAGUGACUUAAAACGACUUUAUUCUGCUCCCAGGCCGGUCAUGUGGGCUGGGCUCGGUGGGCAUGCCAGGUCUCUGCCCCACUCUGCGUCAGUGGGGGCGGCGUGAAGUCUCGGGGACUCCAUGCCGGCUGGGGGCCUGGAGCCUUGGUUCCUCUAAGGAACCGACAACAGAGGGGGAGCCUCUCCAUGUGUGCUAAUUUGGGCUUCCUCAUUGCAUGGCAGCUGGGUUGAAGGGUGGUCACCCCAACUGGAAGAGGGAGAUAGAGACAGAGACCACAGAGAGAGGUAUCCUUUUCAUGACCCAGCCUUUCGAGUCACAUAGCACCUCGUGCUCCAUAUUCUUUGUUCCGUGGGACAGGGGCCGUGGCUCUCCUACCACUCCCCACGCCCCCCGGCCCCCCGGCAGAAUCCACCGUGGCCCAAGUCCUGUCUCUCCAGAGAGGAUCUUCCUACGGCAUCCCAAGCUUUAGUGGUGUAUUUGUUAUUUGGGGCUCGGGAAGGUUGAUGCCCCGUAAGCCUUGCAGAGGGGAUAUUUCCCUCUGCCUCUGUCUGACUUGGCGUUCUAACCUGGGAGCCGCUUCUUAGUCGAGCCGGCAUCUUGCCUUGGCCAUGCCGAGCCUGGAAGGGACCUGGAAGCUUUGCUGUCUACACCGAGGGCUGCCAGCUCAGCUGGUGUUAUUUUUACUGGAGCACGGCCUGCUUGGUCAGAAGUCCCAAUUCAGGACAAGCUGGCUUUCUCCCGGCGGCAGCUCUGUGGCACCAGCCCUGGUGGCCGGUUCCCAGACUCUCCUCCUCUUCCCAGAAAGUGGGAGUCAGGGGUCAGGAGGAUCAGAGGGAUUUGGACCCAGCUGCCGAGUUGGCAGUCCCUGCGGAGAAGGAUGUUGUCUUCUGCCUUGGCCCUGCUGUGAAGAGCACUGGGCGUUCUGACCCAGGCUUGGGUUUUAAAUAGCAUGGGCAUCACUCUGCAGGGACUCCCGUGUGUGCAGCCACAGGGGUGAGCGCCCCUUGGCCGGGUGGGGAGGGCACCAUCACAGAGAUGUUGUUCCGAGAUGACAAACAGUAAUAGUCCGAGGCCAUGGUUAUUCGUAGUUCUGACUUCUUAUACGAUAGCUACCACUCACUAAAUAAGGUGAUACCCGUAAAGUGCUCAUCACAGUGGAAGGGCUAUAGUAGGUGUUCAAUAAAAAUUAGCAACCACGACUUUGUGCCAGUACCACGUUAAGCCCUUCCUGCUCAAAGGGACCACAGCCUAGGGCCAGCAGCAGACUCCAGAGCUAGACCACGUGGGCUCAGUGCCCAGCUCACCACUUGUGCAAAUUACUUCUCUGUGCCUCAGUCUCAUCGUAUGUAAAAUGGGCAUAAUUACAGUACCUUCUUCACUAUGCAGAGAUUCAAGGAGUUAAGACACUGACAGCAAGAGCCUGGCAUACAGCUCAAUACUUGCUAGCUGUCCUUGUUAUGUAUCAAUCUGUGCUUUGUUCCUGCCUCUGCCUGGAAUGUUCUUAUUAGGCCCUUCAUAUUGGACAACUUCUGAUCCUGUAGGACUCGGUCUAAAUGACAGCUCCUCAGGAAGGUCUACCAGACCAUCCUAUUAAAUAGACACCCCGACCCCCACUCUCCAAACUGGUCAUUGGUUUAUUGUUUUCAUGCUUAUUUGUUGUGGUUGUCUGCUCUUGUCCUAGGACGUGAGCUCCAAGAGGGCAGCUCAUUUGUCUGCUUUGUUCAUUGUUGUGCCCUCCGUACCUUGCAAGGUGCCUGAACAUAGUAAGUGCUCAAGAAACGUUUGUGGAAUGAAUGAUCCUCACCACAACUCUGCUUAUGUGCUUUGUUCAUUCCACAAAUAUGUAGAAGACACAGUGGGCUACUCAAUAAAAUGCUCAAGGUU